UCCAGUGACAGUGGGUGGUGAUUUUCUAACUCCCUCCUGUUACUCCUCCUGUCAUUAUUAUUUUCAUUGAAAUCGUCCUAGUGUCAUCUCACUGCCUUGUUCUUCUGUCCUGUCACAGUGUCACUGGUGGAUUGUCUGUCGCACAGACCGAUAAAUGCAAAACACCAUCCUGCUGCAUCCGAUCCGUUCCAUGUGCUAGUGCAGCAUACACCUGAUUCAGCUCAGCUUUGCUCUGCCAUCCUGACGUCCAACCUCUUCUUCAACCUUCAAACACUGUCAUCAUGUCGACCCAGGCCACUCAAACCAUACAAGAAGAGGCCUAUGUCUCCCUGAUGAGAGGCCUAACAGACCUGGACUUCAGGGGUCCAUGUAUUCCGAGUGACCUGGUUCUGAUUGGAGACCAUUCUUUUCCUUUGGUCAUGAACAGUCAUGGCCAGGUGCUGAUGGCUGCCUCCUUUUAUGGAUCUGGACGGAUUGUGGUCCUGGGCCAUGAAAGCUACCUGACUGCCUUUCCUGCUCUGGUAGAGAACGCUCUGGUCUGGCUGAGAGGAGAUGGAUCUGAAAACCAGUCUGUGGGGAUCCACAACAACGUCCAGGGAGUCACUCAUAAUCUCAGCACAUCCCUCUUCCAAACCCAAACUGUGGGAUCCUUCAGCCGUGAUCUGGGGGUUGGUGUGUAUGUGACAGAUGCCUACAGUGUGGGUCCAGAUCAGAAGGACCUGGUGGCAUUUCUGAAAGCUGGAGGAGGAGUGCUGAUAGCCGGGCAGGCGUGGAGCUGGGCUGCAGAUCACCCAAAGGAAAAUACUCUGCUCCAGUUUGUAGGGAAUAAGCUGUCUGGAGUGGCAGGGGUCUACUUCUCUGACCAUCAUGCAGAGGCAGAGUACCUUCCAGUCUAUCCUCAAAUCCCAUCGUCCUGGAUGGCCAUGGUAAUUGGAAAAGACUUUGAGGAUGACUUAAAGUUUCUACUUCAAGGGAUUUCAGAGUUUGAGAUCCCAAAUGGAAUAGUUGCUUCUGAGGUUCUGGUUCAUGGACCUUUAGCCUUUCCCAUUGGUACCACAGAGGAUGGACGGGCUUUCCUGGCAGGAUCCUAUUACGGACAAGGACGGGUUGUUGUGGUCACACAUGAAGGACUUCUCAAACAAGAGUCGUGGGCUUGCUUUUGGACUAAUGCGCUUCACUGGUUGGAUGAAGGAAGGAAAGGUGUUGUCGGUGUAACUUCAGACCUCCGCCAAGCCUUUGACCUCUACAACAAGUCAGAGCUUCACUGUGAGAAGACAAACUUCCGGAAAGACCUGAGUGUAUUUGUGUGCAAAGUCUCCCGAAGUGAAUGGAUUGAAGAAAUCCUAGAGUUUGUGGCAGAGGGUGGAGGCCUGCUAAUCGGUGGACACGCCUGGGCCUGGGCACAGAAACACAAGGGCCAAAAGCCGAUGACGGAUUUCUCAGGGAACAAGAUAUUGACCAAAAUGGGCCUGAGCAUCCAGGAGAAUACCAUUAGAAAAGGUUCCUUCAAGGCCCCUGUCCCCAGUCAGGCCAUCAAAGACACCUACCACUUCCGCCAUGUUUUACAUCGCUUCGCCGGUCAUUGUGCCCAUGGAGAUAAACUUUCCAAACAUGAGGAGGAGUGUCUGACAAAGCUGGGUGGAGACUGUUCUAAGUACUUGCGUAUGAAGACUGAUGAUAACGCAUAUAAACAGGUGGUGUCCACCUUCACUGACAUCGUGAAGAAGACAGGAAUGCCACAGGUGUGUGAGAGCUGCCCUGUGAAGAGUCCCAGAGACCGUCUCCUCCUCCAUGUUGGGUCUGAACUCUAUAAAGUUCACCCAGAUCCUGAUGAACUCCUGCCGCACCUCAUUAAGAAUAACCCACUGCUGCCAGUCGUGUAUAACCACAGGAUCAAGGUUGACGUGAAGACAGCAGGAGGGGAGGAAUGGGUCAGUACAGGUCUCUACCUGUCCCCUGGUAUGAAGACCUACAUGGCCAUACCAGCAGAGAUCAUCAACAAAGGAUGGAAGGUCCAGAUAGGAUGUCAAACAGACAGAAUCAAAGCUGAAGUGUUGAAGAGAGCGCCAUGUGUCCAUGAUCGAUUCCCCAUUACCUCAGAGAUGGUUCAAGUGCACAACUUAUGGGGGGGUCUCAUCUACCUGGUGGCGCCACCCAAAACACAAGUGAAGGGAGUAGAGGUCAUAGUGCAAAUAGCUGUACCUGCACCUUAUUAUAAAUCUGGUGUGACAACAGCUGCUGAUUGGUCGCUGUUGCGCACAGCCCCCUCCCCCUGGGCAGAGCUGGAGUUUGAUAACAUCAUCUUCACUGUGCCAUCGGAGUUUGUUCAGGACCUGGACCGUCCUGAUGAGUUGGCAGCACACUGGGAUGACAUCAUGAGGGGCGUCGCGGACCUGGCUGCCAAACCACAUAAAUUUCCCCGAAAAGAACGUUUUGUAACCGAUGUGCAGAUUUCUCACGGUUACAUGCAUGCAGGUUACCCUGUCAUGGCACUCAGAUCCGCAGCUCCCUUAGUUUUAAGCAUUAAACAUGCAAAGACCAAAGGUCUGUGGGGCAUCAUCCAUGAGCUAGGACACAACCAGCAGAGGGGCUGCUGGGAGUUCCCAUCACACACCACAGAGUGCACAUGCAACCUGUGGUCAGUGUAUGUACAUGAGGAGGUGCUGGGAGUCAACAGAGCAAAGGCUCAUCCAAACAUGGCCCCAGCAAAACGAAACAGUCGUGCAGAGCAGUAUGUCAAGGGGGGCAGGAACCUGAGCAAAUGGAGCAUGUGGGUCGCCCUGGAGACAUAUAUGCAGCUCCAGGAUAAAUUUGGCUGGGAUGCUCUCAAGAGGGUGUUUGCUGCCUACCAUGAGAUGAGCAAUUUCCCCAAAGACAACAAAGGAAAGAUGAACCUGUACGCUGUGACUUUCUCCCAGGCUGUGGAGAUGAAUCUGAGUGGGUUCUUUAAGUCCUGGGGCUGGCCCAUUGAAAGAGACACUGAGGACAAACUGUCCAAGCUGCCUCCAUGGACGGACCACCCCAUGGUCCAAUAUGACUGAGUUUUACCAAGUACAGACAGAAGCGCUAGAUGAGCAAGUCAUAAAAUUAUCUAUUUAGUGAAGAAUUAACAUACACUAUUUUUUCUUUUCCUUUCCUUAACACGAUAUGUCAGAAAUGGCUGAUAGGAUUUUCUUCAACUUUGCUUCAAAUUGUACUUAGAGUGAACUGAUUAUUGAUUUGUUGGUCACAUUUUUGGCUAUAAGAAUUCACAGAGCAAGUAUAAUAAACUAACAAAAAUGUAUUAGAAGAUACAAUGAUACCAUUUUAUAUCUAAUGACCUUUACUAUGACAUCAAAAUGUCCUGUAAAAUGGGGGUCGACAGAGGCAAACUACAGUGAGGAAGUGGUAAAAUGUACUUAUUUAUUUUCUGUACAUGUUAUAUAUAUUUAUUCUUUGCUUACACUUUCAGUCUUCUACAUUCUAUCAUUAACUGGCUUUACUGAAUACAUGUUUCAUUUAUUCAUUGUUGCGCUAUAUUGUAAUGUAAUGAACUUUAACUGUGUUAUUAAAAAACACGUGAGAACCCUGCAA